AUGACUAGCACCACGGGACCAGGGGAUGCGCUGAAGUUUGUGGCUUUCUCGAGCCUGGUGAAGGUUGAAUUCUGGACCGAGCUCGCCACCAAGAAGCUGGACACGUACCGCCUCAACGACGACGCACAGCCGAUAUACGGGUUCUAUGGCUCCGGUCACGACGCCAGGACACCUUGCCGCCUCAACCUGCUGGGCGAAUCGUCUUUCGAUUCUCCGGACGACGAAGGGCGGCGGGCGGCGGGACCGGGGGCGCGGUUCGAAGAGUGCCGCGCAAUUGGCUACGUCAAGAACGUCAACACCAAGGAAGCCUUCAAGGAGCUCGACAAGCCCGCCGCGCUGGCGGCGAUCGCUCGCGAGACGUGGGCGGACGCGGUCGAGAGCGACCGGGCCGUCGCCGAGCCCGAGCUCCUCCUCCGCUUCCUGCUCCUGACCUUCGCCGACCUCAAGAAGAGCGCGUUCCUCCACUGGUUCGCCUUCCCGACCCUCGGCAGCCAGGCCCUCUUCCGGCUUGUUUCCUCGAGGCCGGCUUCCGCCGCCGCCCCCGGAGUCCUCCUCGGGGGCCCCGCAGACGCCGCCUCGGUGGUGCGGGGCCUCGCCGGCCUGUGGGCCCGGUCCGUGGAGGGCACCGGGCGCCCCCACUGCCCCCCGUUCUUCGUCGUCGUGAAGGACCCGCGGCCCGGGGGGCGAGAUGAUGGUGAUGGGGAGGAGGCGGUGGCGGCGGGGUUGAGGGUGCUGUCGCUUCUGGAGUUUGAGAGGGAGAGGACUGGCGGGGAGGUCGGCGACGACACGGUGGUGUUUGGUUUUGUGGACCCGUGCUCCGAGCCGGGAGGGAUGCCCGGGUGGCCCCUCCGCAACUUCCUGGUGCUGCUCUCGGCCAGACAAGAACAUAUCACAAGGCCAUCACCCGUCCGCCACCCCCGUCAUGCAGGCGGUGCUGCUGCUCACACUACGGGCGGCGGGCCGAGCCUCCUCGGCCGGAGCGUCGUCCUCGACAUCGACCUAUCCGCGGCGCCUUCCGUUUCGGGCGGUCCCGGGGAGGCGGCGGCGGCGGUAAAAGCGGCUUGGCUGCCGGCACGUGUGGGGUCCCUUGGGUGGGAGCCGAACGCCGCCGGCCGGCCGGGGCCCCGUAUGUCGGACCUCAGCUCCGUGCUGGACCCGGCGAGGCUCGCCGAGAACAGCGUGCGUCUGAACAUCAAGCUCAUGCGUUGGAGGGCCCUCCCUGAGCUGGACGUGGAGCUGCUGGCCGAGACAAAGUGCUUGCUGUUGGGAGCGGGCACGCUGGGCUGCGCCGUCGCCCGGUGCCUGAUGGGCUGGGGGAUUCAGCACAUUACCUUCGCGGACAACGGGCGCGUGGCGUACUCGAACCCGGUCCGUCAGUCGCUCUUCGCCUUCGAGGACUGCAAGGGCGGGGGCAGGUUCAAGGCAGAGGCGGCGGCGGCGGCCCUGUCGGCGGUGUACCCGGGAGCGAGGUCCUCGGGGCACGUGCUGACGAUCCCGAUGCCCGGCCACCCGCUGACGACGCCGGCGGAGGCCUCGCGGGCGAGGCGCGACGCCGAGACGCUCGAGGAGCUCGUCUCCUCGCACGACGUGGUGUUCGUGCUGACGGACUCGAGGGAGUCCCGCUGGCUGCCGACGCUCCUCGCCGCCAAGCACGACAAGAUCUGCGUCAACGCCGCGCUCGGGCUGGACUCUUUCCUGGUGGUGAGGCACGGCGGGAGCCCGGACGACGGGGAAGGGGGGGAGACUUUGAAGGAGGACAACGGAAGAAAACGUCAGGCAGAGGCACCCGCGGUAGGGGCGGCGGCGUCACCCUCGCAGAUGGCGGAGAAGGUAGAAUCAGGAAAGCCGCAAGCAUCCGCAGCAUCCGCAGCAGCGGCGUCAUCACCGGAAGCUCGAAAACCUGAGAGUGAGCCUACGGCGCCGUCUUGUCCUCCCGGUACCGAUGCCACCACCGUGGCAACAGCUGCUGCCGCCGCCUCCGCCGCCGUCCGACGGGCGACGCCCUCCCGGCUCGGGUGCUACUUCUGCACGGACGUCGUCGCCCCCGAGAACUCCUCCCUGAACCGGACCCUCGACCAGCAGUGCACCGUCACCCGGCCGGGGCUGGCCCCGAUGGCGGCCGCCACCGCGGUGGAGAUGACCGUGGGGCUGCUCCACCACCCCCUCCGGCAGAGAGCGCCGGCGGACGACAGCGCCGGGAGAGCGAGGGGGCUCGGGGCGGCGCAAGCGGCGGCGGCGGCGGCGGCGGGGCAGGGCGGGGGGCACCCCCUCGGCGCGUUACCACACCAGGUCCGUGGCUUCAUCGCGAGCUUCACCACCGUCACGCCGUCCGCGCUAGCCUUUGACCGCUGCACGGCGUGCUCCAAGCCGGUGGUAGCGGCGCACAGGUCCCAGGGCUGGGGCUUCGUGGAGAGGGCUUGCCAAUCCCCGAGCGUGUUGGAGGAGGUCUCGGGGCUUGAGGAGAUGCGCAAGGGCCUCGAUGCGUUGGACGUUGACCUCGACUGGGGCGUGGGCGAUGAAUGGGAAGAAGAGGACGACGACAACGACGACGACGAUGUCGAUAAGAAGGAGGCAUAG